GUCUUGGAUUGCCUGGGCGCGCGGACGGCAGAGAGAAGCGCAGGACGCGACGGAGACGCAGGGAGAGGAGGGGGAACCGGGAAACUCGGGGAGAAGAAGCCUCCAUGUUUCAGCUGCCCAUCUUGAAUUUCAGCCCCCAGCAGGUCGCCGGGGUCUGCGAGACUCUGGAGGAGAGCGGGGACGUCGAGCGCCUCGGCCGCUUCCUGUGGUCGCUGCCCGUCGCGCCCGCGGCCUGCGAGGUGCUCAACAAGAACGAGUCGGUGCUGAGAGCCCGGGCCGUGGUCGCUUUUCACACCGGCAAUUUCCGCGAACUCUACCACAUCCUGGAGAACCACAAAUUCACCAAAGAGUCGCACACGAAGCUGCAGGCUCUGUGGCUGGAGGCGCACUACCAGGAGGCGGAGAAGCUGCGAGGCCGCCCGCUGGGGCCCGUGGACAAAUACCGGGUGCGGAAGAAGUUCCCGCUGCCCAGAACCAUAUGGGACGGAGAGCAGAAAACCCACUGCUUCAAGGAGAGAACCCGGCACUUGUUACGAGAAUGGUACUUGCAGGAUCCCUACCCGAAUCCCAGCAAAAAGAGGGAGCUGGCACAGGCCACAGGACUGACACCCACACAAGUAGGAAACUGGUUCAAAAACCGCAGACAAAGAGACAGAGCGGCGGCUUCGAAAAACAGGCUCCAGCAGCAGGUCCUGUCCGGCGGUUCGGUUCGCUCCCUGGCGGACGAGGACGGCACCGUGGACCGUUUGGGGAACUCCUCCAGUCCGGAGGCGAGUCUGUCCAGCAAAGUGGCCGCGUCCGCCAUCUCCAUCACCUCCAGCGACAGCGAAUGUGACAUCUGACGGCCACAUGUCGACGAGUCAAAGACAAUCUGAUAAAAACAAGUCAUAGUGCCUGCGUUCAGUCAAUUUAAAAAUAAGAAAAGAGAUGGAAAAA